AGUGCGACAGGUUGAGGAACCAAGCGGUCCAUUGCCCCCGGUAUCCCCAGUGCCGCCAGGAUCUCCAGUCCAAUGUUCUGGAUGGGGAUGCCUUAGUGAAGCACAGCAGGCUGGGAUUCUUGUGACUAUUGUUGUGGUAUCCCUAUCUCUUUUUCUUGGCCUGCUUUCCUUUCUACGAUCGAAAAAGAAGCAGGACAAUUGGGUUGAUGGUGACCUCAUCCUUGUCCGGCCCAAAAGACGACCGAGACCCAGAAGCCAAGCGGCCUCUAUCAACUCCCAGCCCUCGCGCUUCUUCUUCAGACACGAGGGGCUAACAGCCACACAGCAGCCUCCUCAACUAAUGAUCGCUCAUCCGACAGUUCUUCAUAUCCCCCCACCUCCUCCCCCGCCACUUCCGGUUCCCUUCCCAAUGCCGAUGCCGAUGCCAUUCCGACCACCUCAACCAAUCUACCCAUAUCCGAUGGCUUACCAGGCGAGCCAGUACCAUCCGAUGCGAGAGCAAGCCUUUGGACACUAUCAAGUGCCCUCUGCAGUCCCGGCAUUCCCGAUCAAUGUCCAGUACCAACAGCAACCGCAGCCUUAUCCUCAAACCCAGCAACACCCUCAUCAUCCAUGGAACCAGGGGCCUGGCCUUCAGCAAAGUGAGCAGCGCUCUCAACAGCCCCCGCGAAGAAGAUCGUCACUUGCCCGAAGGCUCUUCAGUCUGUUCAAUAACCCAGUCGGUAGAGCGUCAACAAUUGCCAGCUCUGACUCGGACUCAACCCGAGCGCCGUCCAUACGCAGCAGCCACCAUUCGCGGACCUCAGCGACAUCCAUUGCUACGCCGCCUUCUCCUGAAGUGCGGACCAAGAGGGCUGCAACGCAUGGAGCAGACGCGAUGAGACCUCUUGAAGUGUCUCCUGCGAUUGCCACAGUCCGGAGUGAUGACUACAUCACUCCUACAACUAUGCAGGGUGUUUCGUCAGUCCCAGCCAAUUCGGGUAGCGAAGCUCAAGAUGAGUCGCGGGAGGGGGCCGCCACCACCGAGUCUCCGGCUAAGAAACAAGUCCAGGCUGAGCCUGUUGAUACAAAGACAUAUCCGACUUCCACACAGAACUGCGGAGACACCGAGACUGGCGGAACCCAUCAUAGUCGUCCUGUUGCCAAGCCCCUUAAGAGUGCUUUAAAGAAUGGAAAUAAAGCCGCUGCAGGAGUCAGAUUAGGCAACAUGGAGAACGAUCAGAAGCUCUCGGCCAAAGGAGAUAGUGUUCACAUGGACUUCGUGUCUAGCCGUACUUUUACUCCGCCAAUAGCCGCGGAAGCCAGCUCGAGCAAGGGCAAAGAAGGGCAACGGCAGAGGAAACCUCUCGAAAAAUGCAGACCCAAGGAGAACGCAGCCCGCGAGAUUAGACGUGAUCAUCCAGACGCCUCAGUUACGGCUAUGCAUUUUGCUGAGGCGACGAAGAAGCCGGUACUGGGUCCUCAGAGCAGCCCAAUCAAAACAGGAGAGAAGAAACAUGACCAGGGCUCGAGUCCCAACCAGCACUUGCGGGGAUUCUCGAGUAGAAUUGAAGAACUUCGAUUCGAUAUGUCUAUUUCUGAUGUCACAGAGACCAGCGACUCGCUGAGCGACUACUCGCCGCCACCGUCUCCUCCGAGACCGAUCCACCAGGGCGGUGACUUGACGACUGAGUUUUUGGCACGAACGGGCGGCGAAGGGGAACGGCUGAUCCACGAAAGUGGUUUUCCCUGGCAGGAGUAUGGAACAGGGUUCGGACCUUGUGAAGUAUCGUGAGCUUCAGACAGCGACCUACUUACUGUCUAAGGGUUGGCGGUUUUGGUCCCGACAAGAUAGGUGGAACAGCAUGUGUAUUACGCCACUUGCCUCACCAAAGCUUGUUUGAACCGAUUUAGAUAGGUAUUGGAGUAAGGAAAAAGGGUUCAGAUGUGCUACAAGGAUGUAGAGCAAUGCAGACAGACAGUUCGUC